AUGCUCGACUUCUUCACUAUUUUUUCCAAGGGCGGGCUUGUGCUGUGGUGCUUCCAGGGCGUCAGCGAUUCAUGCACCGGGCCUGUUAAUGCGCUGAUUCGUUCCGUGCUACUGCAGGAACGGGGAGGUAACAACUCCUUCACCCAUGAGGCACUCACACUCAAGUAUAAACUGGACAACCAGUUUGAGCUGGUGUUUGUGGUUGGUUUUCAGAAGAUCCUAACACUGACCUAUGUAGACAAAUUGAUAGAUGAUGUGCACCGGCUAUUUCGGGAUAAGUACCGCACUGAGAUACAACAGCAAAGUGCCUUAAGUCUAUUGAAUGGCACUUUUGAUUUCCAAAAUGACUUCCUGCGACUUCUUCGUGAAGCAGAGGAGAGUAAUAAGAUCCGUGCUCCCACUACUAUGAAGAAGUAUGAAGAUUCUGAAAAAGCCAAGAAACCUGUGAGGUCCAUGAUUGAGACACGUGGGGAAAAGCCCAAGGAAAAAGCGAAGAACAGCAAAAAAAAGGGGGGUAAGAAGGAAGGUUCUGAUAGUAGUCCUUUGGCUACCAGCAAAGCAGUCCUUGCAGAAAAAUCAGGUCUCCCAGCAGGACCUGAGAAUGGGGUAGAACUUUCCAAAGAGGAGCUGGUCCGCAGGAAGCGAGAGGAGUUCAUGCAGAAGCAUGGGAGGGGUAUGGAGAAGUCCAGCAAGUCCCUGAAGUCAGAUGCUCCAAAGGAGAAGGGCAAAAAGGCACCCCGGGUGUGGGCACUGGGUGGCUGUGCUAACCAAGAAGUCUUGGAUUAUAGUGCUCCCACCACCAAUGGAACUCCUGAGGUUGCUCUGCCAGAGGACAUCAAAUUGAUUCGAGGGACAGGGCCUGGGGGGCAGCUUCAGGAUCUGGACUGCAGCAGCUCAGAUGAGGAAGGAGCCUCUCAAAACACCACCAAGCCUAGUGCUACAAAAGGUACCCUGGGUGGCAUGUUUGGAAUGCUGAAGGGCCUCGUGGGUUCCAAGAGCUUAAGUCGUGAAGACAUGGAAUCUGUGCUGGACAAGAUGCGUGAUCAUUCUACAGUAAAGCAAGCUUUACAGGAGUCCCUGGUGCAGAUUCUGCAGCCACAGCGCCGUGUGGACAUGCUCCGAGACAUCAUGGAUGCCCAACGUCGCCACCGCCCGUACGUUGUCACCUUCUGUGGUGUUAAUGGAGUGGGGAAAUCUACUAACCUUGCCAAGAUUUCCUUCUGGUUGUUAGAGAAUGGCUUCAGUGUCCUCGUUGCUGCUUGUGACACAUUUCGUGCUGGGGCUGUGGAACAGCUUCGUACACACACCCGGCGUCUGAGUGCCCUUCACCCCCCCGAGAAUCACGGUGGCCGUACUAUGGUGCACUUGUUUGAGAAGGGCUAUGGCAAGGAUGCUGCUGGCAUUGCCAUGGAAGCUAUUGCCUUUGCUCGAAACCAAGGCUUUGAUGUGGUGCUGGUGGACACAGCUGGCCGCAUGCAAGACAAUGCCCCCCUGAUGACUGCCCUGGCCAAACUCAUUACUGUCAAUACACCUGACUUGGUGCUGUUUGUGGGGGAGGCCUUAGUAGGCAAUGAGGCUGUGGAUCAGCUGGUCAAGUUCAACAGAGCCUUGGCUGACCAUUCUAUGGCUCAAACACCUCGUCUCAUUGAUGGCAUUGUCCUUACCAAAUUUGAUACCAUUGAUGACAAGGUAGGAGCUGCUAUUUCUAUGACGUACAUCACAAGCAAACCCAUCGUCUUUGUGGGUACUGGCCAGACCUACUGUGACUUACGCAGUCUCAACGCCAAGGCUGUGGUGGCUGCCCUCAUGAAGGCUUAA